CGCAUUGCGCGCUCAUCUCUUUUUCUGGAUGCCGUAAACAAUAAAUUUUACCGAUACAAAUUUUUAACUUUUCCGGCAAAAUUUUUUUCAUAUAAAAUUUCUCGUUAUUUUUUGCAUAUUUUGUCACGCGCGCUUUAUCUAUUAUUUAAUAACCACUGUGCAUUAAAACAAAAUAACUGAACAAAAUAAUAAUUAAAAUACUAAUCUCCCUUGCUAUAUUUUUAUAUUGCGUAAAUCGCAAUCCUCACUAUACAUAUAUUCGCUUUUGUAUAGAGACAACAAUACAUUCAUUUUGUUUCUCGUUUUUAUUUUUACCUUUUUAUUUUAUCCUUCCUUCACGUGCCCAAUUUAAAAUAUUUUUUUUAAUUUUUAAAAUUUUUGACAGAAUUAACAACUUCUAUUAACAAAUGUUUAAAUUGUGAUGUUUUGCUUUUCUCAAGCUUUCUAACUCUAACAAAAAACAUUGUGCCAGGAAUUCACCUAAAUUCAACAAAUGAAUUUUGUUUGUUUGCCUACAAUUUUAUUUAAUUGCCUUAACUUUAAUUGUUAUUUGCGGCUUUUAUUUGUGUUGCUAUUCACCACUGAUCGUAUAAUUGCAUAUGUCGUAGAAUUGCCCAAAUCAACAAUGACCACAACAAAAAGAACAAAUAAUGAUAGACUCAGGCCGAUUAUUUUAGAUGAAAAUGUUUGUCCUCAAGGCUGGCUUAGCGGUGGAGAACAAUGCAUUCAAUUACAAUUUGUUGCUAGUGGAAUAUCUCAAUCCUCUAUAGAAUGCAAACGUUUAGGAGCUGAAUUGGUCAACGUUGUCGACGAAGAUGGAGAACCUUCACUACAAUUAUUGGAUGAUUUGUCAUUGAUUUUGGAGGAAGCUUCCAAUACCGGAGUUUCUAUGCAAAGUUGGCUUGUCAGUUCUGGACAUUUCUCGCCAGAAUGGGAUUCUGCUAAUGAAAGGAUUCGUUUUCACAAACUACCAAGAGAAAACAUUCACAAUAUGGAGAUUCUUGGAUUGCGCAGACGUCGAGGCCAACGACUAUUUGAAUUAACUCUACUUUCAAAUACAAGCAUCAAUCCAUUCAUUUGUGCCUUAAACCCGCUCACAAGGCGAGUUCUUCUCUAUCAACAAUUAUUAUUACCUCGUGGGGCACCUCAAUUUGUUGAACAACCACAACCUAAUGGAUACUUUUUUGACACAUCUUCAGGCUCAAAUCAUUCAUUUUUGUCAUUGCCAUGUUCUGCAAUUGGAAAUCCUACACCUUUAAUUCGUUGGUAUAAAAAUGGUGGAGAAGAGAUUGACUUAAACUCGCCUAAUUCAACAUUUAUUGUCUCUGGAGGUGCUUUGCUUGUGCCAGUAUCAAGGAUCCAACCGUCUCCAAUUACUUUCCAUUGUGUUGCUACAAACGAGCUUGGCUCAGUUCGAAGUUUAACCGCUACAAUUCGCCCAGCAUUCAUCGAACCAUUCCAAGAUUAUCGGCUAGAUGCUUAUCCACUUAUUUUGGGAACAACAAUGAGCGGUGGAGCGCGUUUGGAAUGUAAUGCACCAAGACAUUUUCCAAGUGGGUUUAAUUUUAUUUAAAAAAUGUUUGUAGAAAUGAUAGGGGGUUUAAAAAUAUGAUUAAAAUUAGCGAAAGAAUGCCAAGAUUUUUAAAAUUAUUUUUUUGAUAUUUUUGUGGUUUUUAUUCCGCGCGGUAAUUUGCACAUUAACAUUUUUAUGUUUUUUGCACUUUUUAUUUCUUUGCAAAUUUAAAUUUUUUACUUUUAAAAUUGUACUUAACUCGUAUUUUUAGCUUUCCUUUUUUCUUCAAAUUAUUUUUUUCUGAAAAUACUUCUUUUGUUUUUACUUUUCUCGCUUCACUUAUAUUUUCCGUCGUUUUUUCCUUAUAACUAAAUUUUUCCAUAAAAAAUUCUCGAAGAUCCCAAAACAAAUUGGAAAAAAAUUGCCGCAAGACAAGCAAUAUUUCCAAUUUGUGCACUUGAGAGACAUUCUUUAAACCUUUUGGGAAUUGGCAGUAAUGUGUGUAGUGUAAUCCUGUAUAUUUUUUCUUGUCAAAUUUAAUUUUGUCUGGAGAGAAUAAGCACAAAAAUACUUCAAAUACACACCACCCUCAUUUUUAACUUUUCUAAAUUUUCUUAUUUUUUUAUUCAUUUGUACAUCUUAUUUUUUAUUCUGGAUGAUAUUUUCAAUCAAAAUAUUUAGAAAAAAUUUAAUAUGGUUCAGAGAUUUUAUCAUUCCGGCAUUUAUUUUUUUUACUAAUUUAUUUUUUUCUCAUUACCUAUCUUUUUUCUUUUUUUUUUCACACCCUCUUCAAUGGCAUUUUUUAAAAUGCCAAUUGCUAUUGAAAUAAAGCUAUCCAUUUCAUAGAUACCCUGAAGCAUUCAUGCGCCUCCUUCCUUUUUUUCUCAUUUUGGCAGCUUUAUUUAUUUUUUCCCAUUUUUUCAUUUAACAAAAAAUGCAUUAGCUCCGUGAAAAUCUCGGCAAAUGCUUUUUUCUAUUUAUCUUCAACUAUUAUCUAUUUAUUUUUUU